AUGGAUGAAUGCACGGAAGAAAGGGAUGAUAACCUUAAAUUAUAUCCAAUUUUAGCAGAUGACUUGAUUUGUGAUCCACCCCUUAUCGAUGUGUAUGUAGAUACUAUAAGUGACAGUAAGAAAAUAAGUCAAGUGAUAGUUGGUUUAAAUACCGUAUUGCCAUUAGCAGAAUUAACACACUUAAAAAGAAUGAAAAAUAAAGAAAUAAUUUUAUAUUCUGCAUCCAUUCCACAAGAAGAAUUGAAAAAUAUACUUGUAGAGAAAGGUUUUGAUAUUUCACAUCCCUGGGAAAUACAAUAA